UAAAUCCAUGAUAUUUUAUGGGUAGUUAUUGACCCCCCUUUACCAUCACCAUAGUCUUCUCUUCUCCUCCUUCAUGACUUCAUCUUGUUUACUGGGUCAAAUUAAUCACAAUGCUUAAACUCUCAAUUCAAUUCCUACAAAAUCCAACAAAGAUUCCCUUCUUAAUUCACCAAAAUCCAACCCAAAUCUCAAAUUAAUUAAUUAAAAAAAAAUGAAACAAUUUCAGAUUUGCAGCAAACCAACAUUCAUCUUCUUCUUCUUCUUCUUCAUCACGCUUUCAGCUGGUGCAGAUAUCCCACUGGGGUCCACACUCUCUGCUUCAAACCCAACUCAAACAUGGUCAUCCCCAAAUAACUCCUUCUCUCUCCACUUUCUCUCUCUUAACUCUUCCUCAUUUUCACUCUCCAUCACCUACGACUCUCUUCCAAUUUGGUCCAUCUCCGCCGUAGCUGACGCCGCCGCAACCUUCUCAUUCUUAGCUGAUGGAAACCUCCGACUUCUCUCCGGCGCCGGGAACACUCUCUGGCAGUCCAACACUUCGAAUUCCGGCGUUUCCCAUGCUACACUCGACGAUUCCGGUAAUUUCUGUCUCAAAAAUCGGUCUAAUUUUGUUGUUUGGUCCACUUUUGAUCACCCCACUGAUACGAUUGUCCCAUCUCAAAAUUUCACUGUUGGGAUGGUUUUAUCAUCUGGGUUGUACUCAUUUUCUUUAAACAGAACUGGGAAUUUGACAUUACAGUGGAAUAAAGAUAUUGUUUACUUGAGCUUAGGGUUGAAUGCUACUGUUAGUACUAAUUUGAGUAACCCUAGAUUAGGGCUUCAAUCAAUUGGGAUUUUAUCACUCUAUGAUGAUAACUUAUCUGGUUCUGUGAUUAUGGCUUAUGGGAGUGAUUAUGCUGAAUCUGGGAAUAUUUUAAGGUUUCUGAAAUUAGAUAGUGAUGGUAAUUUGAGGAUUUACAGUUCUAGUAAAGGAAGUGGGACUUCCAUUGUAAGAUGGACUGCUGUAAAUGAUCAAUGUCAAGUAUUUGGGUACUGUGGUCAUAUGGGUAUCUGUAGUUACAAUGAUACUAGCCCGGUUUGCGGGUGCCCAUCUGAAAAUUUCGACCCGGUUGACCCGAAUGACAGUAGUAAAGGGUGUAAGUUAAAGAGGGAGAUUAGGGAUUGUCCUGGUAGUGUAGCAAUGUUGCAGAUGGAUCAUACUAAGUUCUUAACUUACCCACCUGAAAAUCUGAAUGAUGUUUACUUUGUGGGUAUUUCAGCUUGUAGAGGAAACUGUCUUUCUGGUGGUUCUUGUGUAGGUUCAACUAUUUUAGCCGAUGGGUCGGGUCAGUGUUAUAUUAAGACAUCGAGUUUCGUUUCUGGGUAUCAAUCUGCUGCACUUCCUAGCACUUCCUAUGUUAAGGUCUGUUCCCCGGUUGAACCAAACCCACCUCCUUCCUCCGAGGAAGGAGGUGGAGGAGGGAAAGGGAAGCUGAGAGGUUGGGUGGUUGCCGUGGUGGUUUUAACCACCCUUGUGGUGUUGAUUUUCUUGGAGGGCACCCUAUGGUGGUGGUGUUGUAGAAAGAGUCCUAAAUUUGGAGGACUUUCAGCACAGUAUGCCCUUCUUGAGUAUGCAUCAGGUGCACCUGUACAGUUUUCAUAUAGAGACCUUCAACAAGCUACCCUAAACUUCAAGGAGAAGCUUGGUGCAGGUGGGUUCGGGGUAGUUUACAAAGGUGUUCUUGCAAAUAAAACGAUUGUUGCAGUGAAACAACUCGAGGGUAUUGAACAAGGUGAGAAACAGUUUAGAAUGGAGGUUGCUACCAUUAGUAGCACCCAUCAUUUGAAUUUGGUAAGAUUAAUCGGGUUUUGUUCUGAGGGAAAACACAGGCUUUUAGUUUACGAGUUCAUGAAAAACGGGUCCCUAGAUAGUUUCCUGUUUUUUGCAACAGAGAAUGAUAAAAAUGGAAGAGUUUUGAGUUGGGAGAAUAGGUUCAGUAUAGCUUUAGGUACUGCAAGAGGGAUCACUUACCUUCACGAGGAAUGCCGGGAUUGUAUCGUACACUGUGAUAUAAAACCCGAAAACAUUCUCUUAGAUGAUAACUACUCUGCAAAAGUGUCGGAUUUUGGGCUUGCGAAGCUGGUAAACCCGAGAGACCAUAGACGGACCUUAACCAGUGUGAGAGGUACAAGGGGUUACUUAGCACCCGAAUGGCUUGCUAAUCUUCCAAUAACAUCGAAAUCUGAUGUUUAUAGUUUCGGUAUGGUGUUGUUAGAGAUAAUUAGUGGGAGAAGAAACUUUGAAGUAUCAGAUCAAACAGAUAGGAAGAAGUUUUCUAAUUGGGCUUAUGAGGAAUUUGAUAAGGGGAUUGUGAAAACUAUACUGGAUAGAAAGAUUGCUGAUUCUGAUGUGAAUAUGGAUCAAGUUACACGAGCAGUUAAAGUUAGUUUUUGGUGUAUACAAGAACAACCGUCUCAAAGGCCGAUGAUGGGGAGAGUUGUGCAGAUGCUUGAAGGGAUAAUGGAGAUUGAAAAGCCACCACCACCGAAGGCGGUUCACGAGGGUUCAAUUAGUGGGACUAGCUUGAAUAUGAGUAGUAGUAUUAGUGCUCUUUCUACAUUUGCAACUUCGGCUCAUGGUGGUCCGUCAUCAUCAUCGUCGUUCCAAACUCCGGUAGCUCAAUCUUCUAUGAGUGUUGAGAGGGCUAGUUCGUCUCUUAUUCAUAGAGAGACGACAUCCUCGUAAUUAGACCUGUCAAAAAUCGACCCGACACGAAAACCGACCCGACCCGACCCGAAAACCGAACUGAAAAUAUGGGUCUUGAACAAGAUUUUGUGACCUGUAACCCGAUUUUGUCUGAGCCCGAACAACCCGAAAAGUAAUGGGUCAAAACCCGAGUUCAUCUCUUAUUCAUAGAGAGACAUCAUCCUCAUAGUAGACUGUGAGUGUUUUUGUAACCUUAUUAGUAGUUAAAAUCUUGUUUAGUUAAAGGUAUUCUUGUAUGGGGGAUUGUAAUCAUGUUUAUGUAUGACUUAAUUGUUUGAUUCAAUUGUUGUAAAUCCUUUGCUAUAUCAAAUUAUCAAUGCUAAUGUAUUAUGCCAACUUCUUGUUCUUAUCCUGUACUGAAGAAUUGGUCAGAGAUUCAGAGCCUCAUAUCUCAGAUGUUUAUGGAUGGUUUUCAGUGUGAA